AUGUAGUUGAUAGUAAUUACUUUUAUUUUAGUAAAUAUUUUGUAUAAAUCAGCUAAAGUUUUAGGCUAAAACUGCCCUUAAAACUGCUUUAUAUGCAACCAUAGUUUGUAAUGCUCUUAAUGUAAUAGUGGUUACAGGUUAGAUUAAAAUAGUCAGACAUGCCUUCCUUAUUGCAACUUUGGUUAAUCAUAUGAUGUUCAAUCUAAUUCUUGUUAAUCUAUCUGCCCUAUUUCUUACUAUUCUGACUCAUAAACAAGCUCAUGCAAACCUCUCUUACCUUGUCCAACAAUGAAUUAGCAAGGUUAAAAUUUUUUUGAUGUAUUUUUAAGCUUGAUUUCAUCAUCUUAAGGCAAAAUAAUAGUUUAAGGUAUGGUUGGAGGAAAUUAUAGCUCAAACAUAAUCAUAUUAGACAAUCAAAAUUACUAGCUUAUAGGGUAAUUAAUAGGACAUGAUGAUGGAAUUAUUGGUAUGCGUAAUUUAAGGGUAAAUAAAAUUAAUGAUCUAGGGAAUACAUCAAUUUAGCAGGCAUAGUUCCCUCAAGGUUAAGAAAUUCUUAUAUCAGUUAGUAGAACACAACUGAUAAUAUGGAAUUUAAAUUACAAUUAAAUAUUAUUUAAAAUAUUAUUGCCUAACACCUUAGUAGGAUAUUAUAAAUUAACUUAAAUAGCAAAGGAUUAUGUUAUUUUAAUGGAGAAUACUGAUACAUUAAAUAAUUUCGCAGUAGUUUAUAUGUCUGAAAUAGUAAACUAACCAAUAUAUUAGCAGUAAACUACUUCUACAUUAAUUAGCUCAUCCUAUAAAUUGUUUAGUAACGCCCAUAUAAAAUCAAUUACUGGAAUUUUAAUUUUACCAAAUUAUUAGCUUAUAAGCUAUGGAUAGGACUAAAAGAUCGUUGUUUGGAUUAGCAUCGAUUAACCAGACAAUUUCUAAUAUUAGUGUUCAUUUAAUAGUCCUGUUAACUUAGUGCUACAACUAUCUAAUUCAAGCUAUCUUAUAUAAAUAGAUAAUCAUUACUUAUUAUUUAUAUAUAAUAGCUUUAAUUGCACUGAAAUUCAAACUUAUCAUGGCCAUCCUAUUUAAUAAAUAUUAGCAAAUCCAUCCCCUUAAAUACCAAAUAUUAUUUAUUUCUUUAGCUGUAGUAUUUCAGAAGUGAUUUUAUAUAUUUAUGAUACAAAUUAAUAGAUAUACUCAUACAUUUCUUAAGUAAAUUCAGAUAAUUAGUAUAGAUUUAUUACAAAUAAUUACUUUGUUUUUAUUUCUUCUAAUGGAAAUGUGUCAAUAAAUUAAUUUGAUGAUAAUACAGGAAUUAUUUUAAUUUACUAAUAUAAUUUAUUUUUCACUAAAUUAAAUCCAGUAAAUCAAGUUGUAGUUAAUAAUUAAAAUUUACUUAUUCUCUCUUCAGAAUUAACUAUUUUAUAAUUAAAUCUGCUUCCUUAAGAUCCUAAGUAACAUCCAGUCUAAAUGUAGAUUACUGAUAAGAAGAAAAAUAUCAAAACUAAAAUGAAGUAUCACACUGAUUCAGUGAAUGGAAUUUUGUUUGAUAGGCUCUACGAUAGGGUUAUCACUUACUCGAAUGACGGAAGCUUUAAGAUAUGGGAAGAAAGAAUCUUAGAAAAUCAAGGAAAUGUAACAGACUACAGAUUAGUAAUAGAACAAUAUCAUCCUUCAUGUAAUAUUUUAUUAGAUCAGUAUUGCUUUAGAUAGAUAUUAGAUAUGACUAUAGUUAUACCUAACUUAUUAGCAUGCCUCUAUAAUGACAAUACUAUAGUUUUAUGGAAUUAUAAUCCUUUCAGUGUUACAAUAAAUGCUACUCUAUCUUUAGAUUUAAAAACUUUGUCAAUAAAUAAUAUGUUUGUGUACAAAAAUACUUUUAUUGCCUUCAAUAAUGCAUAGUAAUUGAAAGUUUAUAAUUUUAUUACGAUGAAUUUUACUUCAGUCAUUAAUGAUAGUUUUUAUUAUGCAGUUCUUGAAAAUAAUAAUGGAAUAGACUAUGCCUAUUUCAUAAGAGCUAAUUAAGGCGGAGUAAUAAUUAUGAAUCUUGCCACUAAAGCUAUUUUGAUGACUAAUUCAUAUAGCGGAGUACUAGGCUUUGCGAAAUAUUACCCUGAAAUUAAAUAUCUUUUUUUUUCAACUGUUUCAAAUAAUAUUUUGUAUAUAUAUCCUUUUCUUUUUUCUGGUGUUAGAAGAUACUCAAUAAAUGAACCAGUUGCUAUUAGUGUAGAUGUGGUUACUAAAAAUUUUAUGGUUUACCAGCAGGAUUAUAAUAUUGCUUACUUUUAUUGGUAUGAUAAUACACUUUUCAUUUAUGGUACAUAUACUUUUGCUGCUUCAGUUCCUUUAAAAUUAUGUGCCCCUCUUUCUAAUCCUGAAUAGCAUUUUUUUGUACAAAAUACAGCUUUUCCAGCAAUACAAAACCAAGUUAUUUCAUUCGGCUUUCAAUACAAUAAUUAAAUGCUUCUUACAUUUGCUGAUAAAAUUUCAAGUAUAGCUAUAGAUCCCAUUACUAUGAAGCUAUAUUUAGGUUUUGAAAACGGAAACAUUUAUUCAGGUGGAAUCUCAACUAAUUAUUUUGCAUACAUAGAUGAUGAACUUUACUUUAAUGGAAUUUAUUAUAAUUAAAAUGAUCGUUCUAUUUAUGCCUUUAAUAAUAAUAUUCACCAAAUAGACACAACUACUAUGACCAAACCAAAAAUAUAUUCAGGAGCUCAUUAAUCAACUAUAAAUGAUAUCAUUAUUGAUACAAAUAAUAACUGGAUUGUCUCUUAUAGUAAUGAUACAACAAAUAAUUUUUAUAGAUGGGAUAUGAAUGGUACAGGCAUGAGUUAAUUUCAAGGAGGAUCAACUUAAAAUGUUUUAAAUGCUUUUUUAGAUUUAGAUGUUGAUAUUAUUAUAAGUUAUUCUAGCGAUAUGAUUUUUACAGUAUGGCAAUAUUCAAAUUAAACGCUUUUGUAUACAAUUAAUACUCAUAUUUUAGAAUAAGCAAAGUAUAAUGCAAGUAUUGCUUCUAUUCCACCUGAUUAACAAAUACCAUAUCAAAUUGUAUCUUAUUAUCAUGAUCCUAUCAAUAAAAGAAUUAUUUCUAUAAAUAAUAAUCAAAAUUUAUUCAUGCAUUACUAUUGUGAUAUUCCUAGUGCUAAUCCUCCUAUUAAGUAAAAUACUUACACGUCUUACACAAUACCAAACAUGAUAGAUUUAUAUGUUGACCUUGAUCUAGUUUAUGGUAAGUUUUAUGUAAAAGUCUUAAUUAAUAUGAUUUAUUCACUUCAAACCUAUAAUUUUCAUACAUUUGCUUAUGAAUAGUAACUUAGCUAUCACACUGAUAAUAUCCUUGGAAUGAAAUAUAUUAAUGCUAAAAGUUAUUCUUUUUAGUAUACAUUAUUAGUGAUUAUGGAUAGAAAGACUUAAUAAUUUAUUUUAUCUAUUUCUACACAAAAUCCUCUAAUAACUAAUUUUAUAGUAUUUGAAAAGAUGGACCAUAUUUAUUUAUACAGUGAAUAGUACAAAAAUAUUUUAAGUUAUAGACUGGCUGUGCAUCGACUUUCAACUGGAGUUUUAAUUAAAUAAAUUCUUAAUUCAUAGUACAUUGAAAAUGGAAACGUUAAUAUGGUUUUUCUAGAUGAAGAGCAUUAUUAAUUGAUAAUUUAUAAAACUGAACUUUUUAAUAUUUUCACAGUUGAUGUGAGAACUUUUUCUUACACAAAUUAUUUUACCUCUUAGUAUAAUCCACCUCUCAAAAAAGCUAUGCUUAUUAAAGAGCAUAAUCUAAUGUGUCUGAUAGAUGCAUAUGUCUUAGUAAUAUAUUAGAUGGAUUUUUCAUUUAAUACUGACAAAAUAGCACUAAGUAUGGUUCAAUAAAAAUAACCAAGUUACUUUUACAGUUAAAAUACUAGCAUGCUAUAUUAUAUAGACACUGAUAAUAAUGCAUGGUAGUUUGGAAAUUAAACACAGCAAGCAAAGUUUGUUUAGAGUUUAAGUUUAGUACGUUAAACAAGCUUUUAAAAUUCAUUUUUUUAUGUUAUUACUGAUCAGUAGAUAAUUUAAUUUAGUGAAAGCGCUAGUAAUUUCAAAGUUAAGUUAAUUGUGUCAAUUUCUAACUUAAAUUAAAUUAUUGUUUUCUUAAUGAACUCAUCUAUAUACAGAAUAGAUGUAAUAGCUGAUAAACUUUUGAUGUAAUACUCUAGCAUAAAAAAUUUAAAUUUCAUUAAUUAUGAUAAUAUAAACUCAAUUUUAAUUCAUCAUUUAGAAACUGGGUUUAUGAUAUUCUAUUUAGAUUUUGCAACACAAAGCGAUUAUAUGAAUAGCUAAGCGAGGAGCAUUGAAAUUGAUAAUACAGACCCAGUAAACUCAAUGUUAUUUGAUUUCUAAUAUAACAGAAUAUUUAUCCUUAAUGUUCGUGAAAUAAUACCAAAAAUAAGGGUUUAUACUUAUAAUGUUACUUCUGACAAUAAUAAAAUUUAAUUAAGUACUCCAUAGCUAAUAACAAUCAUCCCUCCACCAACAAAAGCUUAGCAUUUAGUUAUGAAGAUUUAAAAUAGUCAGUUAAUAGUAUAAGCUUAUUUUUAAAUUAACACUUAUAGUUUGGAUACAUUAAAGUUAUAGUUGAGUAUUAGAGAUUCCAACUUAUUAUAAACCCUAAAAUCAUUUGAAAUUCUAAAUAUUUAAGGUUAUAGCUCAUCUUAAAAUACACCUUCUUCUUCAUCCUUAAGUUAACUUAAAUGCUAUUAUGAGCUUCCUUCUGCUAAUACUUUAGAUAAAAUUUAGUCUUCUUUAAUGUCAUUUUAGUCCUCUUUCAACCUCUUGAAUUUACAGAUGUAAUAAACCCUUUUUUAGAUUGAAGUAACUUAAAAGUUUUAUUAUGAUCCUUAACUCAUUAGCUUGAAUUCAUAAGUAGUUUAUUCUGGUUCUAACUAAAGAGCCUUAAUGAAUAUUAUUACAGACUCGUUUUCCUUAAAUUAGCUAACUCUGUUAUAGGUAAGGAAUUAUGAUUUUGACAUUAGUUAGGCACAGUUAGUACUAUUUAAUCCUGCAUCUAAAAACAUUACUUUUGAAAAUGUGGUUUUGAAAAACACAGGAAAUUAGUUUUAAUUUUAGUUGAGUAAUUUAUAAAGUAUGAUACUUGAAAAUAUAUCCAUCUCAUCUUUGGAUCUUAAAGGUUAAAGUCUUCUAUUUAAUAUUUCAAACUCAGAUACUAUUUACAUAAACAACUUCUAUAUUCAAAAUAUAUAUUUAUAUGAUGGAUCAUACUUGUUUACUUUUGAAAAAGUAAAUUAUGUGUAUAUAAAUAACCUAAUUAUAGAUUAAAUAACUAUAGUAGCUUCAUAAACAGAAAAUAAAGACUUGAUUGUAUUUAAAAAUGUUAAGUAAAUAUCUAUUCAGAAUAGCAAUUUUAUAAAUAUAACUUUUAAGUAGCUAAGUAGUGCAUAAAUCUAGUAACAUUUAUAUAUUAUUUAAUCUUAAUCUGUAUAUGAUUUUGAAUUAUAGCAAGUAAAUGUAAGUUACUUAGAUAGGGUAUCCUUUUCUUAGGUUUUAAACUCAUAUACAUCAAAUUUCCAUACUUACUACUAAUAUUAAGGAACAUUUUCUCUAUCAAAUAGCACGUUUGAAAACAACUCAAAUUUAUAGUCUCCUUUAAUAUAACUAAGAGGUAAUUCUUAUCAAGUUAUUUACACUACAUUUAAAAAUAUAAGUUGCUCUGUAUGUAAUGGAGGUGCUCUUUAAGUUAUUGAGGCUUAAUAGUUACUGAUUAAUUUUACUCAGUUUACUUUUUGCUCAGCUUUAAAUGGAGGGGGCUUGUCUAUUUCAGACUCAUACUAUAAUCUCACUUUAAUUUAAAAUUCAAUAUUUAUAAAUAAUAAUGCAACUCUGAAUGGAGGAGCGAUUUAUUUAGAUACAACAAAUCUCUUUAUGUAAAAUUCAACUAUUUAGUAUAAUCAAGCAAUGAUAGGUGGUGGCAUAAGGUAUUUAAAAAUUGAACCUGUUUUUAUUUACAUGAUGAAGAAUAAGUUAAACAGUGAUCUUUUCUAUAAGAAAAGAAAUCUAAAUGUUGUUUAAAAUAUAAUUACUAUGAACAAGGCAACAAUUCAUAGCAAUAACUAUGGUUCAUAUGUAAGUAAUAUAAAAAUUUUGUAGUCAAGUGUAGUCUAUUUAGAUAUAACUGGAAAUGAAGGAUUGCAAGAUUCUGUAAAAAAUGAUAAACUUAACCUUUAAACUUGCUCUGUAAACAGAUUUUAAAGUGGGCAAUAUUUCAACUUCCAGUUUUAGUUGUUGGAUGAUGAAAAUAAUCCUCUCUACUUUGACCUUGAAUUAGUAAAAAAAAACAUGUAUCCUCCAUUAAUCUAAAGCGAAAUUAUGCAGUUUAACAUCAGAGCAGGUACAAAUAACACAAAUAUUAAAAUAUUUGGAUAGUAUAUAACAGACUACUUAAAUUUUAAUAGUACAUCAAAAUCAUUUUAAAUAUCAUAAAUGCAAGUAAUAGCAAAUCCUUAAACAUAAAAUAUGUUUUACAUAGAAAGUGAAUCAAUACUAAAAGUACCAUAUCCCACACUAUAAAGCCGUGAUAUUAAAUCAGGUCCUUUCCACAUAACAUUCAUUGUUGAUUUUAGAGAAUGUAUUAUAGGUGAACUUUACAGAUUACAAGGAAGUAUUUACUACUGUCAAGAGUGUUUGGAUCAAACAUACUCCAUAAUAGAGCCUGAUAAAAAAAAAUAUUUAGAUUAAUAAUGCAUAAGAUGUCCAGAUUAGGCUGAACACUGCUAUAGGGACUAAAUGACAUUAAAGCAGGGUUAUUGGAAAUCAACAAACCUAAGUGACUCUAUUGUAGAGUGUUCAAAUAAGUUAUCUAACUGUGUUGGAAUUUAGGAGUAAGGAUAUUGCUUAGAAGGUCAUAUAGGUCCGCUAUGUGAGUAAUGCGAUAUUUAAGGAAAAUUUUGGAAUUAAAAAUACUAUACUGAUGGAUCUUUUGACUGUAAGGAGUGUUCAAAACUAUUAAAGGCUAUUAAUUUAGUUCCAACAAUAUUCAUAGCUUUAGGAAUGGUUGUUUAUGUGCUAAUAAAUAUCAGAAUUGCAUGGGAUAUUAGUGAAAUGAUUGUUAUAGGCUAUUAUCUAAGAAAACUUAAAUUUGCUCCUGUGAGUAAAUCAUCGUAUCUAGACACUACUAAUAUGAAUAUGAAGGCAAUGAUGAAUUACGUUUAAAUUUCACAAUUAGUUAACACAGUAAAAGUUUCUGUUCCUUCAUGGUUAACUUUUUUCCCAGAAUAUGUUGGUAGUCCUGUUUAAAAUAUGAUAUAUACAUUGGACUGUUAUCUUAUAAAUUUAAAUUAGUAGGAUAUUCCAAUUGUUUUUAUGAGAAUACUUUGGGGUUUAAGCAUACCAUUUUUAUAUUUAGCAGGAAUGUUAAUUAUAUACAUCAUAUUUUUAAAACUUAAAUUUAUGAGACACAAUAUAUCUUAUAUUUACAGUGGUUUGGUCUUUUUGUUCAUAUUUAUGCAACCAAAUAUGAUAUAAAACUUACUAGGUGCUAUGUCAUGCAGAGAAAUUGAUAAUUAAAAAUAUAUUUUAUCAGAUAUUUCUUUCAAGUGCUACACACCAAUUCACAUGAAAUUUAUAGGAUUUAUUUUAAUGCCAGGUCUUUUAAUUUGGGGAUUUGUUAUUCCUUUUUUUAUUUUAUAUAAGCUGAAUAAAAAUAAAGAUAAGCUAGAUCAUGCUAAGUUAAGACUAAUUUAUGGAUUCCUCUAUUAAGAUUAUAAAACAAAAAACUUUUAUUGGGAGUUUGUAAAAAGUUAUAUGAAAAUAGUAAUCGUUUGCAUCUAUAAUUUUUAUGGAGAUUCUUACACAAACAAAUUGGUGAUGGCACUUAUAGUUUUCAUACUUUAUUUAGUAGUGUUAGUAAAAUUUACUCCUUAUUAAAUGAUAUACUUCUAAAAAACAGAUAGAAAUUCAAUGGUGGUUAUAAUUAUAUUAGUCCUUAUGAAUAUUAACUUAUAUAACAAACCUGAUACUGUUUAAUCCUACAUAUUUUAUAUUAUACUGCUAGGAAUACAUAAUGAGGAUAAACAAAGAGGAAUAAUAAGAGAUAAAAUUUUUGGUUUAUCUAGUUAAAUAGUAAGCUCAUAAAGUAUUAUUUAAAGUCCUCUUCUUAAAUUGAGCGACAAUGAAGUUAGAUAAGAAAACAUAAAAAUUGAUAAUAGCAGUAAUAAUCUUGAAUUAAGUAAGAAAAAAAAUAUAAUUUAAUUAGACAAAUCAGAUACAUUAAAUUAAUAAUCUCUCUAGAUUAACAAUAAUAACAUCAACCAGAUAUCAAUAUCAAUCAAUAACUAAACUAUACUUUUUGGAAGUCCAUAUGUAUAAAUUUCUAAAGACAAAAUAAAUGAGAACUAAGUUAAGUUUGGAAGCACAUCAAAUAAUAGCAACAAUAACAAUUUGUCACCUCUUUUAAACAAUUAAAAUUAAGAAUAAAUGGUGAUAUAGAGUUUAAACUUAAAUAAUAGCAAUUUAGUUAAAAGGGAAGGCUUUAUUAGCAAAAGCUUAAAAAGAAUAAUUGGUAGUAUAGAUUAGAGUAGAACUAUUGAAAAUUAUUUAGCAUUAUUGGAAAGUCCUUUAAUUAUAUCAAAAAAUGAACCAAAUAAUAUUUUUUCAGAAUAAAAACCAAUGAAAUAAGAAGAAUAGGAAGAAUAAAUAGAAAUAGAUUAAGUAGCUAAUUCUGAUAUUGAUUCAAUUAAUUAUUAAAUAAAACAAAAGCCUCCUUGUAAUUUAGAAAUUUGUGCCUCAUAAAGUUACUUUAAAAAGGAAUUUUAAAAUAUUAGUUAUGAAGAAAUGAAUUGUUCUCAAAAGUAAUUUGAUAUGAUCAAAUUAGAGUAAAAUGAUGAAAUAAAAGAGCAAAUUAUAAAUUAAUCAAAGUUAAUGUCUGAUUUUUGUAAUGUAUAGAGUCAAGAAACCCCAUAAAUAGACAAUAUAUUUACUCCUCAAAAUCAAGAUUAUUUUGGUCAAUAUUAAAAAUAUAUCCAUUAAAACUAAUAUAUAGAUCCAUUAGAUUUAAAUAAUUAAUCUGAUUAAAUAUAACCAAUUGAAAUUAAUAAUCCGAAUGAUAUAAAUAUAGAAUUAUAAUAAUUAAGUUCCCUAAAAGAAGAUGUUAAAAGUAUUAAAUAAUAAAGUAUAAAAUAAGUAAAAUCUACUCAUGAUUUAUAAUCCAUAGAAAAAGACCAUUUAAAAAAUAAGGAUUUUACAGAUGAUAAUUAAAUAUAUAAUCAAAUAUUUACACCAAAAAACUACUUUGGUAUUUAAACCGAAGACUCUUUUGAAUAUAGAAAGCAAUAAACUGCACAAAGCAGUGUGCUUACUUGCUAUAAAAAAGUUAAAAGCUUUAAGUUUGAUAAAAAAUCAACAAAAAUUAUAAAUCAAGGAACAAUUAUAAUGGAUCAUUAGACAAUACACACAGCAGAUUAAGGAAGAAUAAAAUCUCAAAGUUUUGGUUAAGGAUUUGAAAAUUUAAAUUUCGGAAAUACAAUUAAAGUAUUUUCCUAAUAAAAUGAAAAUUAGUCAUAAAAUGACUAAUAAGUUUAUGAUUUAGAUAGUGUAAAAUCAGAUUUAUUAAAUUUUUAAAACUUAUUGUAUCCAGAAAACAGAGAAACACCACAAAGACAAAAUGAAGCUAUUACAAAUAAACUUAAAAAUCAAGAAAAAGAUAGAGAAAUAAAUAAUUGA